AUGGCACCUCUGAGCAACCUCGACCUUGCCAAGCAGGUGGAUGUUUUCCCAUAUGAUCAAGAUGGCAUCCUGAAAGCAUUCCCAGAACCUCUGUACACCUUGAUCCACCGCAUCUCUACAGGCAAGGAUAUCACGCUUGGAUAUAUGCACCCACCCGUGGUACAGUCGCUCCUCUCCAUCCCCGAGUCUAUCCGGGGGGCUGUAGACGUGGACUCCGAGGCACGCACCAUCCGCGCCUUUGAUCUGCCUACCGAGGCUGAACGCACCAAGGUCGUCGGCGACGUGAUGCAGUACUGGCGGACCCAAGGCACCUGGGAAAUUAUCAAGAAGUGGAGAAACGAGCCGUGGCCCGUUUACAGCACCGACGAUGGAGAACUGCUUUACAGUGUCGAGAGAGCAGGCGCUGGAUUGCUCGGCGUGAUGCGCUACGGCGUUCACAUGACGGCAUAUGUCAAGGAUGACGGGGUCAAGCACGGGAUCCGGGUUUGGGUCCCGAGGCGCGCCAGCAACAAGAGCAACUACCCCAGCAUGUUGGACAAUACGGUCGCCGGAGGCUUGAUGACAGCCGAGGACCCCUACGAGUGCAUUAUUCGCGAGUCUGAUGAGGAAGCUGAUUUGCCAGAGUCCCUGAUGAGGGAAAGGUGCCAGCUCGCCGGUACAGUCGUUUAUGUUUACGUGACGGACGAGAGGGCUGGUGGAGAAAAGGAUCUCAUUUAUCCCGAGACUCAAUGGGUCUAUGAUAUUGAGCUACCUGCUGAUGUCAAGCCAACACCCAAGGACGGCGAGGUUCAGGAAUUUUAUCUGUGGACUGUGGACGAGAUACAGGAGGCCAUGGCCCGGGGAGAGUUCAAGCCGAACUGCGCCGUGGUGCUCCUGGACUUCUUUAUGCGCAGAGGGAUCCUGACCCGGGAGAACGAGCCGGACUAUGACGAGAUACUCCAGAGGAUGCACAGGAAGACGCCCUUCCCUGGUCCGCACAACACGGAGGCCCCGUCCAUGUCGCUCCAAUAA